UUCUGUUUCACUUUCAGGAAUAUACAGCAUUGUGGUAUGUCAUGACAAAUCAAUCGUUGUGCCCCAGUUUUGCUCAAGGAUUGGCUAAAGCCCAUCUCCCCGUCCGCCUCCUGCCAGCAUGUCUCGCUGCUCUUUGUUCCGCAGCUUGGUGAAUCAGACCGCUGUCCGGAACUUCCGGAACCUUUCGGAAGCUGUAGGCUCCGACUCUGCAGUCACCAUGCUCAUGACAGGUCUUUCGUCCGCAAUGGGCCAUUGCACGAAGUAUGCGCAAAAGCUCCUCUCUGCUCCAGAGCCAACUCCGACCCAGCAAUUGAGUCAGUACGCAAAUCAAAAGAUCAUUCACUCCAGGAUGAUCAACUCGGCAGUGAUUUCCCAGAUGGAGAUGGUUGGAAUGAGGGAGUUUAUGGCCGUCCAGCGCAUGAUUAUCCCAAUGACAUCAGUGAAGGAGAAGACCCAUCGGGGACUCGCAGCCAAAGGAGUGCCCGACAAGGUCGCUGAGGCUAUUGGCAUGCAACUUGAUGGGGCCGAGAAGUUUGCAGACCAGUGGGAUGAUUUCGAAGUGGACGAAACAGGCAGCGCACAUUCUUACAGGGUGAUCGUGAGGUUGAGCUGCCAGGAUAACGGUAAGUGUGAUCUGGCCAUUGCUGCAACUGGCGCAUCGUUCAAUGCAGCCAAGGAGAUUGAUCACUAUGAAACACAAGAGAUUCCAGAGUAUGGCGAGGAAGACAGGCUUAUCCACGAGUAUGAGGAUGGCCUUUUGGGCCGUUACCACAAGACCAAAACGGUGAAGGUUCGGGUGCAGAUUGGUACGCGAGUGAAGAAGAUCCCAAUCAUGAAGCAGAAGACCUUUACAGCAAGCACUAUGGAAGACGUCAAGAACUACUUAGAGGGCAAAGCAAUGAAGGAGGUGUUGCUUUUGGCCGGGCCUCAGAAUCAAUAGAUCCGGAGGAGAUGAGCGCUUCGCAGCUUGCCAAUCUUUCCAUUUUUGUGCGUCAAACAGAGCUUUUGCAAGACGCAAACAUAAACCUUUUAACGCGUCAUACACUAUCUUCCACUGACGCGAAUAAUCCAAUUUAAAGUACUAUGCAAGAUCAAAAGUUAUCCAAAGUACACAGCUAGCACGUAGCAGCUGCUAGCUUUAUGUACGGCCGGGCAAUAGUCCUUCAAGGCCAAUGACGUCCUUUUCAAUACAGACUCGAAGAGGAGAGGAAAAA